AUGGUCCGAAUGGGCGGGCGAUCGGCAGUCUGCCGCGCCGUCAUCGCGACUUCCAUCGUGUGGGUGCUGGUCGACGUGAUCAUCCUUUUCUACUAUCUCGAACCUUCUCCUACUCCUUCCCCAGAAGCCCACAGGUUUGUUCAUUCUUCGCUCCAAACAUUUUUGUGUUCAGAGGAAUUCGAGCUGGUCGCCAUGUAGAAAACAGCGCCAACAAAGAACUUCACGACGACAAAAACAAUGAAGAUCAUGUAAUCAACGUUUUCAAAAACAGCAAUUCCUUUGGUUUUUACAGAGAAAAGUCGACAUGGAUGUUGAUCCGGACACGAAGCGAAUUCUGGAGCGACUUUUGAGCAGUUCGUCUUCAUGUUCCGACAAAAUAGUCAAAGAUCCAAAUUUUAGUUCAGUCUUUCGGAGCGCCUCAUCACGGACAAGGCGGCACCGGAGUCAGUGUUCCUGAGGACCAGAAGAAAGAGCAGGAUAAGAGGUUCCUCGAGAAUCAGUUCAACGUGGUUAGUGAACUGCGAAAACAUUCCCAAGUGAUUGUUGGAAUUGAACAGCUGGCCAGUGAGAUGAUUUCAAUCAACCGCUCGCUUCCCGACUAUCGCUCCGAAAGGUUCGAACCUACUUCCGAUGACUCGAAGAAGGAACUUUUCUAGUUGCAAAUCCAACGCUCAAGGUCUUUCAACGCAAAUUCUUCCCAAGACCUCCAUCAUCAUCGUUUUCCACAACGAAGCGUGGAGCACUUUGCUCAGAACUCUUCAUUCUGUUGUCAAUCGGUGUUGAAGCAACUUUGUAUUUCAAACAUUCCAAAACUUUUUGAAGCUCCCCGCGGCACAUGAUUGAAGAAAUCAUCCUGAUUGACGACAAAUCCGACCGUGAGUACUUGCGAAAGCCGCUCGACGUCUAUCUCAGACGUUUUCCGGUCAGAUUUUACUUUUAUUUUGAAUUUCUUGGCAAAACCCUAUUCUUGUAAAUAAAAUUUUCUGUUGAGACUUUAUAAACUUUUUUAAAGUUAGAUUUUCAGUUUCCUAUGUUUUUAUGGAUUGUUCCGCCUUUUUACUGCCGAGAACGUAGUUGAUAGAAAUAAAAAUAUUUAGAUUUUCGGAAAGCUGAUGAAUAAGAAGUAGGGAUUCUCAGGUUUCCAUACAAAUCGUGCAUCUUCCGGAACGAAGUGGUCUGAUUCGCGCCCGUUUGACUGGCUCUGCUAUGGCCAAGGGAAAAAUUCUGCUUUUCCUUGACGCUCACGUGGAAGUAUGAAGAAGUCUAUGUUCGGAAUAUAGCCAGUCAUUAAGGUCACUGAAGGCUGGCUCGAACCAUUGCUGGAGCGCGUCGCCAAAGACAGGAAACGCGUUGUCGCGCCCAUCAUCGACGUCAUCUCCGGUAUAUUCGAUCGAGAAGUUCAGAUUCUGAAUGAAUAGUCCAGACGACACCUUCGAGUACGUGACGGCUUCUGACACGACGUGGGGCGGCUUCAACUGGCACCUCAACUUCCGUUGGUACCCGGUUCCGAAGAGGGAACUCGCGCGACGCGGAAACGAUCGCUCAGUUCCAAUUCAGUCAGUUCUUGUCUCGCAAGUAAUUUUUCUAGGAUUUUCAUCACUUAUCCCCCAUUUCCGAUCUGAUGCUUUUUUAUCCUAGAACUUGGAUUUUUUCGAAUGACUGAAAUGACUUUUCUAGAACUCCAACAAUUGCUGGCGGAUUGUUCGCCAUUGACAAGCAGUUCUUCUACGACAUCGGCAGCUACGACGAGGGCAUGCAAGUCUGGGGCGGCGAAAAUCUCGAGAUUUCCUUCAGGGUCGCUAGUCUCAGUGUUGGUUCUCGAAAACUCGAAUGUUGCAGGUCUGGAUGUGCGGCGGCUCUCUCGAAAUUCAUCCAUGCUCUCGCGUUGGACACGUCUUCCGCAAACAGACUCCUUACACCUUUCCAGGUGGAACCGCCAAGGUACCCUUCCCUACAGAUUUGUUUUCGAAAUUUGGCAACAUUCCAGCCCUAUUUCACACAGAUGCAAAGAGAAAGUUUUCAAAUUCGAAAUUUUCAACGCAUUUUUCGUAUACUUCUUAACUUUAAAACUUUUAGUAGAAUACUGGAUUUGAAAUUUUUGUUUUCUUCAAAAUUCCUUUGAAGGUGAUUCACCACAACGCGGCCAGAACGGCUGAAGUGUGGAUGGACGAGUACAAGGCGUUCUUCUACAAAAUGGUGCCGGCGGCUCGAAACGUCGACGCCGGCGAUUUGUCGGCGCGUGUUCAACUCCGCAACAAUCUCCAGUGCAAGUCGUUCAAAUGGUUCGUCUUCUAAAUAUUAGCAAAUUUCGAUGAAUUUUCAAUUUUAUCGUGUUCAAGCCGUUACAGUGCAGUCUCGAUAAAAAUGAUUUUUUUUUUUAAAGAAGUCGCUCUUUGAAUGCCCUGUGAGCGUUUUCGUUACAAUUCUCGAUCAGGCCAUCUCUAAUAUAAAAUUUUGUGUAAACUUUCUUUGAAUAGACUCUAGUCUGCGGAUCUCAUUUUUUGGAAGUCAUAUAAUUUUAGUUUGUCUUCCAGAAGAGAUAUUUCUAUCCGAUGGAAUUCAGGGAGUUUUCCUUGAAAAGUUUGGGCGGAAUCACUUUUCUGAAAACCUUCUUUUUUAGGUACUUGGAAAACAUCUACCCUGAAGCGCCUCUCCCGUCCGAGUUCAAGUCUCUGGGAGCGGUUACGAACGAAAAAGAGCAGACUUGCCUGGACACCAACGGCAAGAAGGACGGCCAGCCUGUCGGCCUGCAGAACUGCCAUGGCGCUGGAGGCAACCAGGUUUCCAUCUGAAUAGUACAACGAGGGAGACCUUUCAUACCAAAAUGGAACGCUCACAAUUCAGACUUUCCGAUUUCCUGACGGCUUUGUUUUCACCGUCACAUUUAAGGAUGAAUUCAUUGAUCCUUACAUACCUAACUAUCAGGUCAACGUUUUCCAUGGGAGACCUGAGGGACAUCUUUUAAUUUUGUUUUUUUUUCCUUUUUUUUGAUUUGCGGUUUUUUCAGUUUUUUUUGUUUGUGUAUGGAAAACUGUGGAGCCUGCUAAUUUAGUAGGCUGAAUUAAAUAUAUCACAACAUAAAGGGGAUUUCGAAGCACGCGGUCAUAAAAAAAAUAACCUUAUCUUUUCAUAUCAAAAUUUUUUUCAUUGUUGUUAACUGAUUUUUACAUCUUUCCAAAGGAUAAACUUUCGAUAGAAAUUAAUUGAAAAAAAAAUUUUCGAAGACGAGAGUUUAAGGUAUUUAUAUUUAACAAGUCUCGGCUAUAUUAUAAAAUAUGUUAUGUAAAAAAAUCGUUAUAACCACAUUUAACAAAUCAAAUGAGCAUGAUUGGAGUGAAAUGAUAAUAAAAAGAGAAGCCGUUUCGUGUCUUAAAAAUGGACGGCGUAGGAGAUGACUCUCAUCAGCACUUUUCUCCUUGAAUUAGUUUAAAAAAGUAUGAAAGGAUAAUUUUCGAAACUAUCUUAGACAUACGCCGAAAAUUACUUCCCACAAUAGGUUUUGUUCAACUGCGUGUUCCGUUCUCUCUAUAUUAUGCCCGAAAAUCUUUGCUGAAGCCCUUAUGCUUCUUCAGACAGUCCAGAAAGGAGUUUAAAUCAGAACAAAUGUGAAUUUCACAUUUGAAAUCAUUUUUUCUAUUCAGUUUUAUGGGUCAUUCUUGUUUCAAACGCUGAGAACAGUUUGAAUUAAGGCGUGGGCGUUGACUGGGAAGGGCGAAAUCCGUUCAGACGACCUUUGUCUCUCUUCCGGCGCCGCCUAUCAAAUCGGCGACGCGGUUCGCAUGGAAAAGUGCUCCGCUGGCCGAUCCAACCCCAAACACAUCUUCAAGCUCAAAUCCGAGGUAUUUCUACGAGUGUGAAAAACAGUUCCAUCUCUCCUUGAUGCAUAAGGGCAAGUCUUUUUAAGACGAGAAUUUUUAAGAACCACACCUCAAAAAUACCGACGAGGGAAAUUAUUCCAAAUACUUUCUUUCUUUCUGAAAAGAGACUCGUGUUGCAGAGUGGCGUUCUGAUGCACGUCAAAACGGGGAAGUGUGUGGCGGCUAAAGGAAACGAGGUGUUGCUCAACGAGUGCGACGAGUCGAAGGCGCAAAAGUGGCUCCUCGAAGGUCUCCGACCCUGA